UUGUCUAUUUAUGUGAUUAGCUGAAAUCAAAUAGCAAAGUUAAGAAACUAUUAAUCAAAAUGAAAGUUCUUGUGCAUAUUUGCGUGCUCUUGGCUUUGGUCGCAGUCGCUUAUUCCGCGAGCUCAACCUGGGGUGUGCAAAAUGCUACCGAUUAUCUACUUAUCAACAAACGAGUAACCCAUCCAGCAGUACGAAAUAUUGCGCAGACUUUCUACUUCGAUAUUCCAGAAUCGUAUCAGAGCAACAACAAAGUGAUUAGCGCCAUUUACUUGCGAGACCAAUUCCAGAAUAGUUCAGGUCCCAUUAAUACUUUGUUGUAUGGUGGACCCGGUUGGACUUACGCUUCUAUACAAAUGAGAACUCAAGCCGGCUUUGGUUUAAAUGUAACAUUUGCUGUUUAUGGCAGAUAAAACUAUGAAUAAAUAAAAUAAAUAGAUUAAAGUAAAGGUGAUAGUA